ACUCGGAGUUGGGCACUUCCUGUUCCGGCGCCAGGAGGAGUCGCGCGCUGCUGGUGUUGCUGCUACCGCCUCUGUUACCACCUUCGCCGCUGCUGUCAGUCAGGCUGCCUCGGUUCUUCAGCGCCCGGUUCCCUCGGACCCAUCGCCGCUUCUAGACCUUGUUGCGGGCUCGGAUCUUGCCGGUUGGCAGAUGCGCUACCUGAACACUCCCCUGCCAAAACCUCUGCUACGAGCAAUACAAAACCCGGCCAAUCUCUCCAAGGCUGGCCAGGUUCCAACCCUUGGAAUAACCCAAGUGCUCCACCUUCUGUGCCAUCUGGACUCCCACCAAGUGCAACAUCCUCUACUGUGCCUUUCGGACCAGCACCAACAGGAAUGUAUCCCUCUGUGCCUCCCACUGGACCACCUCCAGGACCCCCGGCACCCUUUCCUCCUUCUGGACCAUCAUGCCCCCCACCUGGUGGUCCUUAUCCAGCCCCAACUGUGCCAGGCCCUGGCCCCACUGGGCCAUAUCCUACACCAAAUAUGCCCUUUCCAGAUCUUCCACGACCCUAUGGUGCACCCACUGAUCCAGCUGCAGCUGGUCCUUUAGGUCCAUGGGGAUCCAUGGCUUCUGGACCCUGGGCACCAGGAAUGGGAGGGCAGUAUCCUACCCCUAAUAUGCCAUAUCCAUCUCCAGGGCCAUAUCCCGCACCUCCUCCUCCCCAAGCACCAGGGGCAGCACCACCUGUUCCAUGGGGCACUGUUCCACCAGGAGCCUGGGGACCACCAGCACCAUAUUCUGCCCCUGCAGGAUCCUAUCCCACGCCAGGACUCUAUCCCACUCCCAGCAAUCCUUUCCAAGUGCCUUCAGGACCUUCUGGUGCUCCACCAAUGCCUGGUGCCCCCCAUUCUUACCAUUAAGUUAACAAUGGAUGAAGAGAUGACGCUUUCCUUUUUGAAGUACAUAUAUAUGCACAUGAAUGCAUAUAUAAAAAUCGCUGGUUUCACUAUUAGAGGGCAUUCAUGAAAGAACAACUCUUGCACCUCUCAGAGAAGAUAAUCUGCCUCUUGUACUUGGACGUAUAGUAUAUCAGAUGGAUACAAUCAGAUAAAAAUGUAAAUCAUUCAAAUGUGAUUUUUAUUCAGUUUUUAUGAAAAAUUAAAGUAAUUAAGUAUAUUGAAUAGCUCUUUGAUACAAUGUGUUUGAAACAAAUUUUGGAUUUGUUUAAAUUAUGAAAUUCCACACUUAAAAAUCUAAAAUGAUAUGGAUUGUUGUUAGACUCUGCAACCUCAUUGGCAAAUUAUUUCAAGUAUUUUUCUAUAAUCACUUUUUUCCCCUAAAUAAACACACUUUGAAGACA